AUGAAGAUUACUAUACUUUUUCUUUCCGCCUGCUCCGCAGUUUUCGCUCAGAAUCCAGUUCUAUUCAACUCCUACACAAACGCAAAUUGCGCAGGCGGAAUAGUAGUUGAAACAACAGUCGUUCAACCAGGAGACUGUACAAGCUCAACUGCGUCCUUUGCGAGCUCUCAAUACCGGGGCGAGCAGUUUGACAACAAUGUACAGAAUGUAGCGUUCUACAGUGACAACAAUUGUCUUGAUGAGGUUACGGGAGUUACGGUUGAAGUAGGCGAUGGCUAUAACUGCUUUACUUUCAAUGAGGGCCAACCGAAAAGUGCAAAAUGGUUGGCAUAG